UUGCCCAAAGAAAUUAUCAGACAAGCAAUUCGCCGCUGAGAUAGGAAAACGCGUCACGCAGCGGAGGCUGCUUUCAUGCUGGAAUAGCCGGGUGCCUGAAAAGAAAGCAAUGUCGCACACAGUUGAGGGGGAAGAAGGGGGUAAGAUCGGAAUGCGUGCAUCCGGCCUGCUGGAAGCUUCCCUGUGUGUGGAUGGAUGUAUGCGUGUGCCUUGCAGUUGCAGUAUACAAUAAUAAAACUUCGGGAAUAUAACGCCUUUUAGUUCAAACACUUUUUUUUUCUUCCGAGCACUUUAGUUUCCACCCAGUUUCCGUUUCUUUCCCCCAUUCACACCUAACGAUGAAAGAAAGUAAUAGCAAUGCCCAUCCAAAGGCUGUCAACAUUAUUCGUCCCACGCAAUCAUUCUCUGUGAAACGAUUCACUCAGCCAAUGCCGCCUAUACCCAACAAUAAACCAAGAGUCGCUCGCUCAGCAAAGAUCAACGUCGACGAAGGACCUUAUGGAUCCACCACUACUGGAAAAAAGCCCCAGCUUAAUAUAUACCACCCGCCACCUAAGCGCUCGCAGUCGCAAAGACCUACUACUUUGUCGACAUCAGAUUCCCAACGUCAACAACAACGUUCAAACCCACGUCCCGUUUCGACAAUGACGACAACAACAGCAAAAACUGGAAGCAAACCCUCGUUUGAGGUAUACAAGCCUCCAAUAAAGCAAACGCUUGCUCGAUCGCGCACAACGUCUGUUUUGCCUUCUGCAACAUCAUCCACGCCUAUAUCCAUUUCUAAUCAUUUUCAGCGACAUCAUCAACAAAAGCAGCAUCAACAGCAGCAGCGACGACCUAGUGCUCAAACACCAUCCACCCAUACACAAUCAUCUCUAGCACGCUCCGUUACACAUCAUUCUUUAUCAACCUCAUCCUCUUAUAAUGUCGACGGCGACCAUAGUAGCGCGAGUGAAAGUAGCGAUGAGAGUUCUGAUGAUGAAUCUUCCGAUGUGCUUUUCAAAAAACAUCAAAGUCUUAUCGGUAGCCAUACAGAUAGCCUAGCUACAGAUGCUGCCUUGGAGACAAAUGGAGGGAAAGGCGCGAACAGCAGUGAUGAACAAGCAGGAGAGGAUGAGGAUGAAGACUCGGUAGUCAACGAAGCACGUGUAAAUCGGAAGGUAGCUGAUUUGGAGAUAUCAAAUCGAUCCUUGCUGGCUGUUAAUGAAAUGUUGGAGAUGACGGUCCGUCGACAAGCAUCUCAAGUUGCGCAGCUGAAACAGCAAAUUACACAAGACGGUACGGUCGAAGUCAAACCAUUUGUUUCACCUAUUGAACAAAGCGAGACCGAUACAGACGAAGAAUGGGAAAAGGAUGAAUUCUUCCAUCGCUUACGGCAGAUGACUGAAAAAAUGAUUGAAUCUGGAGAAGCGUCAUUGCAGUUUCAGUGCGGAAACUUGGGAGGUCGUGUACUAUCUCACUACGGACAAUCAAAGGAAGACGAUAGCGAUAAUGAUGAUGACUAUGACAGCUACGGUUAUGUUCAAGUAUCUGAGGAGGAGGAUGAAGUAGUUGAAAAAGGCGAAAGCGAAGAAGAAGUAAAAGCUGGAUUUGAAGUUCAAAAUGCCAUUGUAGUAGACCAGGGGAAGCCAUACCAAAAUCCUGAUGGACCAUCGUCAAGGCAGCAGCAAGACGAGAUCUCGGGCAAACGGUCCAUUGGGCGCUCUAACACUCCGCGACGGCGUUUCUACUAUUCAGAGUCUAUAACAUGGCAGCCAAAAUAGUGGAGUCCUAUUGCAACAAGCAGCAUUAUAUUUCUCCAAUAAAACGAUUAUUUUGAUACCAUUA